UCUCUCUCUCUCUCUCACUCCUCCCUUACAAAUCUGUUUCCUAUCAGCUCUAAUCUAAUUCCGGCUUCAUUCCGGGCAUCCAGUAGCUCCGGCAUACUGUUGGGAGGGAUUGCGUGGGUGUGCGUGUGUGCGUGUGUUUUGGAUGUCGGAACGUUUCUCUUGUGUUCGCGGAUUAUGAAGGAUGUCUGUGUCUCUCGCAGCAGUCCAAGAACUGUUGGCAGCUGUGUUUGUUUGGUUAUGGAGACAAUAUGCGUGCUGGAGAAAACAAAAAAACAAAAUAAAAAAAAAACAACAUAACCCUUCAGCUAAAUGCUGCGGAUGGAGGAGGAAGGCUCAGGCUUUGAAGAUGCGGGGGGAUUCUCUGCGUGGGGACAUUUUCCAAUCCAGCAUGUGGGAGAAGAACGGUGGUUCUGAUCAGCAUUGUGGCAGCGCAUCAUUCAGAGAGAGAGGAGUGCAUUUAUUUAAAGCACUAAUGAACAAAAUUAUUCUGGCUUUCCUGUUCUGUUUACAUUUAUUAUCAUUCCUAAGUAGUGACUUGUCCUUUCUUUGGAAAUCGUAAACAAUUUAUUAAUUGUCUGAAGAAGAAGAAAAAAAUUGCUUUUCACAAUAAGAACUCGAGUGUCGGACUGAAAGAGAAAAGAAAUCUUUUUCAGUGAGCUCCUCCUUGUGGUUAAAGUACUUUACUACCUAAAUGUCGACGAUAGACAUUAAAGGGGCAGUAUUGUGUAUUUCCCAAGUACAUGCAUACUGUACAAUGCUAUUAUAUACCAUAACCAAGUAACUACGUCACCUUCGGUUAUUAUACGAAUGUUUUAUAUAUCAAAUUUGGUCUAAAAGAAAUUUUACUCCCUGAUUUAACGCCUUGAAAUUGGGCCUCUGUCUCUCUCCUGCUCUUGUUGAAACUCCGCCUUCAGGAAGUCGUCACAACAUGGCUCCAUUAACUGUUUAACAACGUUUUCACCAGCGUUGCUCUGAGAAGUAGCUCCUCUAACAAGCUCAGCAGAUACGCAGUUCCACAAGGUGUUUGCUGGUUACGGAUGGCUAGUCUGAAGGAGCCGAGUGGGGGAAUUAGGAGGGAGGAUGUGCUCUGUGCAGCAGAAGCUCAUGAGCUUGGAACUGCAACUCAGAGGAAGAAGGCGGUGCUAUAGGCUCACCCAGAUGUUUUGCACAGCUGAAUUGUUGCCACGGGAGAUUAAAGGAUUUCUCAAACAUGCAUGAAAGAAUGUUAGGCUCUAAAAUAAUUUCCCUUUAAAAAGACUGAACUUGUAUUAUAAAGUCAACUUUUUAAGCUGAUGAAACUGUAGUUCCCACAUAUCUAACUAUUAGUCACCUUUAUAAACUGCCGUGGAUCACUGGCUAGUACUGAGAUCAACCCAAUCUCGCAUGUAUUUGCUGCCUGAUACUCUGCGUAGUUUGAUUUUCUUAUGUCUUGUAAUUUCAUUAAUAAAUGCGUGGAAUGUAAGUCAACCCUGUAUGUAAAUUACUGUUAAGUUAAAGGAAAAUUAUGGUUUCCAAAAGGAUUUACAAAUAGAGUCUGAUUCUGUGGGUAAUAUGGCACCCUGCCCAGGGUGGAAGGAUUUAGGGGCUGCAACAAGCAGAAUAAGAGAAAGAAAAUCAUCUGUCAAAGGAGGAAUUCAAGUACACAUCUUUCCGUUUGUGAACAAAGGGAAUUUUCACAUUUGUUUUAGGUUUUUUUUAAAAAUGUUUUGUCUAAAAUAAUUGGUCGAAUAUAUGAACUGGUCCGAUCUGAAAAUUAUCUACAUAGUACAAAUGUUAAUUUAAAUGCAGUUUUGGCCUUUAUUCACUCAUAUUUGUUGUACUCCUUUGGCAUUAACAAAGAAGAAAUAAGAGUGUGUGAAUCACUCUAUGAACCAGCUAGACCUGGUCUAAUUCACAGUAGACAAAUUACAUGAAGAGUAGUGUCUAAAUUCAGUCUUCAAGGUCUGGUAUCCUGUAUGUUUUAGCACUUUAAACACACAAUUCGUUGAGCAGCACACCUGAACGCAUGAUGGAUGGUUCAUUAGCAGGUCUGUGCAGAACUUUGGCAUGUUGAAUGGAUAAAGGCAGUGACAUUUAAAACUGGCAGGACAUGUGCUCGUGAUUUGUAAAAACCUUCGUUUGUGAAAAAAUUAACAGGGGAAAAAAAGUUUAACUUCUAAAAACAAGCAAACAAAAAACACGUAGUUACGGACAGAUAUUAAAGAACGUUGGGUACUAUUGUUUUACAGGAAGUGGUGUUCUUGUUUCUCCAAUUUUUCGUCUUUUUAUUUUAUUUUUUAACUAUAUGUGUUGUAAAGCCUAUAAUGUCUGUGUCUUUAAAUGGAGACGGACCGCGGUGGCUCGUGCUGUAGUUUCGUCAUGAAGCGGUGUCUUCAAACAGGCAGCUGGAUGACGUUUAUCAGGCUGGCCAAUCGGAUGCAAUUAAAGUGACAGCGGACACUCCGUAAACAACGGCCGCGACUUAAAUCAAAACAGAGGGAGGACUUUUUUAUCACUUAUACUUUUAUUUUACCUCUCUCGUCAGCAAGUUGCAGCAUACGUAUAACCAUAAUUGUUUCGAAAAAGCUUUUGUUGUUUGUAAGUUGUUCACAUUUUUCUGACGACUUUACUUUUUUUUUUUUUUUUUUUUUUUACUGUCCGAGAAUGGAUGGCGAGGGCCCCCAGACGCUGUGUGACCUCUGCUUGGCUCAGGUGUGCAGCAGAUUAGAUGCUUUGUGCAGGAAGGGAGCAGACGGUUCAAUGAGCCUCAUCUGGGCCCCACUGUUCCCACAGGAACUGGCUGACCAACUGCUGCAAAUGAUGGCAACCAAAGGAAUGCUGAAUGACGUAACUGUUGGGAUUUUCCGAAACAGCGAGAAGCUCCGCCUGCGCAGCGCCUCCAUCCGCUACUGUAAGGUGUCCGCUAAGGCUUUCCGCCUGGCCCUCUGCCCUCACAGGCUCCUGGAGCUAGACGCCUCCUGGGUCCCCGGGGGUCUAACGGGGGCUGAUGUCAUCUUGGGCCUGGCCUCCAACCCAGACUGCAGGGCUAGUCUGCAGAUGUUGGCCCUCAAUGGCUUGAGUCUGAACCUGGGACCUCCGGAAAAGGACGGUGGAGUGUGCGUUGGCUUUAGCUCCCUGCAGGGCCUCAAGACGCUCCACCUCGUCAACACAGAUCUAACGGAUGAUAUCCUUGAGGAUAUUUGUUCUCUCCCCCGGCUGGAGACUUUGGAUAUCUCCUGUAGCUCUGUGUCUGAAUUGAAUGCGCUCCUUAAAUGUAAAAACACACUGAGAUCCCUCAUUGUCCACCGGCUGUACCGACUUGAAACGUCUCCUGUCAGGUUGCUUUUUAUCUUCGCCCAACUUCAUGCUCUUAGGCAUCUGGACUUCUCGAACAACCACUUUGCCAAUGACGACAGCGAAAGUAGGGUCGACAGAGACGAGACAGUGAGGCAGCUUCUGGAAGCGGGUCCUCAGAUUCUCCCGUCGCUUCUCUCUUUAGAUAUUUCAGGAAGGAAAACGAUCAAUGACUCGGCGCUCAGAGGCUUUGUGGAGUCCAGGAGUGGCCUCGUCUUUCUCGGUCUGCUUGCCACUGGACUUAGUUCCUCUCCUGUUCUAUCUUCACACGAAAACCUAAAAGUAACUGGAGAAGCUAAUGAGAAGCAGCUCUGGGAGGCACUCCGAAGGUACAGAGAGAGGGAGUGUUUCGUGAAAGAGGCCCUCAUCCAUCUCUACCAUCUGACUACCGACACUGACAAACCGCAGCCAGACAUGCUGAAGUUGGUGGUGGAGGCCAUGCAGAGCCACCCAGAGUCCCCGCAUGUCCACCUGUUGGCCACAGCGUGUGUGUUCAACCUGACCACCCGGGACCUGGCAGAGGUUAUGCCUGUCAGGCUGAUGAGCGCCACGGUAACCCAGCUGCUGCACGCCAUGGAGACCUUCCCUAACAUCCAGCAGGUGCAGAGCAACUGUCUGAUGGCGCUCUGCAAUGAUUACCUGCUGCAGAAUGUUCCUUUUGACAGGUAUUUAGCGGCCAUGUUGGUGAUCAAAUGGCUGAGCAACCACGAGGAGCCGACCCUGCAGAGGAUUGCGGUGGCCGUCAUCUCUGUCCUUGUGGCGAAGAUUUCCAUAGAGGAGACAGCACUGCUCAGCAACGACAUGUCAUUUAUGAAGCAGCUGCUGACUGUCGUGCAGCAGAAAGCCAUGCUGGGCGUGGUAGACCCCACUCUGAAGUUUGCCCUGAGCGCGCUGUGGAACCUGACCGACGAGACGCCCACGGCCGCCCGCAACUUCAUCGAGUGUCAGGGCCUGGAGCUCUACAAGGAGGUUCUGGAGUCCUACUACAGCGAAACUACUGUUCAACAGAAAGUUCUUGGCCUUUUGAACAACAUAGCGGAGGUGGAGGAGCUCCAGUCUGACCUGAUGGAUGAAGACCUGUUGGAGCACAUCCUCAGCCUCCUGCAGGACUCCCAGAUGGUGGUGGGGGUGCGCUACUUUGCAGGAGGGAUUCUGGCGCAGCUGGCCUCCAGAGCAGAGGCCUGGACGCUGGACCACGCGCUCCGGCGCACCGUUCUGGAGCAGCUGCAUGAAUCAGUAACAACAUGGCCUCAUCUGGAGCAGGAGAUGGUGUCUUACAGGUCCUUCCGUCCAUUUUGCUCUCUGCUUCAGACUUGCCAGCCCUCUGGGGUCCAGCUGUGGGCGGUGUGGGCGAUACAUCUCGUUUGCAGACAAAACGCUUCGUAUUACAUCCACAUGCUAACCAAGGAGGGCCUGAUGGAGCUUCUGAAAGCACUGGACACACAUCCCGACACACACAGCGACGUUAAGAGGAUUUCCCAAAGCAUCGUGCUGAUGGUACAGGAACAACAGACUCCCUGUGAGGUGGCGAACAGCCAGACGGAGCCUGGGAAGUCCUAACAAAAGUGCUUUAAAAAGCUUUUUUAAACGGAUCUGGCGUGUGGUCGCCAUGACGACACAAAAUGAAUAAAUACAGUUGUUCAGAAUGGUGUGUGGUUACGUAAUGACUGCUUGUUAAAUACUGCGUCUUGUAUUUAAUUGGGAUUCGGUGUGAUAGAGCAGUGUGAAUUGGGACGCGAGUAUGGAAAACCAGUCAAAUCAAACAUGUCUUUCAAAGAUUGUUCAAAAUAAAAAUCUCAAAGUUG